GAGCCAUUUCUACCAGCUGUAAGAUCAACCAUCAAUGGCUUUGUUUCUCUUAAUACCAUCAGUUGUCCUUCUCUUGUUACUCAUCCUCCUUCCCAUUACAAGGUUUCUGUCAAAAUCUCUCCCUCUACCGCCUGGACCACCCGGGUUACCGAUCAUUGGAAACCUGCAUCAACUCGACAUCUCGGACCUUGCAGUCUACCUAUGGGGUCUGUCAAAACGCUACGGCCCGUUAAUGUCCCUUCGCCUUGGUAAUGUCCAAACUCUCGUUGUUUCUUCGGCCGAAAUGGCCAAAGAAAUCUUGAAAACCAAUGAUUUGGUCUUCUGCACCAGGCCAAUUUUAACAGGCCAACAGAAGCUUUCAUACGAUAACAAAGACAUUGCUUGGUCACCGUAUAAUGAGUACUGGAGACAGAUGAGAAAGAUCUGCACCCUUCAUCUCUUUUCGAUGAAACAAGUGAACUUGUUUCGUACAGUUCGAGAACAAGAGGUGUUUGACAUGAUUGAUCGGAUAAAGACCCGGAGUUCUACGAAACAAGCAGUGAAUUUAAGUGAAGAUGUUAUGAUUCUUUAUAGUAAUAUCAUUUGUAGGGUGGCUUUUGGGAAAAGACCAUCUGCAUACAAUUAUAGAAAAAAAGGGAAACGACUUGGUGAGCUUAUGUUGGAGUGUCAAGUGAUGUUUGCUAAUUUUUUUUAUAGGGAUUAUUUUCCUUUAAUGGGAUGGCUUGAUAAACUCAAUGGAAGCAUUGCUAGACUCGAAAAGACCUUCAAAGACAUGGAUGAGUUCUAUCAAGAAGUGAUUGAUGAGCAUUUGAAUCAAAACCAACCAAACAAAAUGCAAGAUGAUAUGGUUGAUAUCUUGCUUAAACUCAAGCAAGAUUAUUCAAAUGAUAUCACUUUUGAUCACGUAAAAGGAGUACUCAUGAAUAUUUUGUUAGCGGGGACUGGAACAAGUGCUUCAACAGUGGUCUGGGCGAUGACUAUGCUCAUAAAAAAUCCUGAAUUUUUGAAGAAAGUUCAACAUGAAGUGAGGGAUGCAGUGGGAAAGAAAGGGAAAGUAGAAGAAGAUGACCUUUAUAAGCUUGACUAUCUAAAAGCAGUAAUCAAAGAGGCACUUAGACUAUACCCAGCCGUACCACUUUUACUCCCUCGCGAAUCAAGAGAUCAAUGCAUUUUAGAGGGAUACAAGAUACCAAAGAAGACUUUGGUGUACGUGAACGCAUGGGCAGUAGGGCGAGACCCUAAAUGUUGGGAUCGACCUGAAGAAUUCGAUCCAGAGAGGUUCAUGGGUAGUAAUCUUGAGUAUAAAGGGGCAGAUUUCGAGUGGAUCCCAUUUGGGUCUGGUCGUAGAGGUUGUCCAGGCUUAUUGAUGGGAACUACGGCGGUGGAGUUGGCUCUUUCAAAUCUUGUUUACUCGUUUGAUUGGGAAUUGCCUGAAGGGACUAUAGACAUUGACACUUUGAAAACUAAGGGGACCGUAAUGCAUAAGAAGAAUGAGCUUCUACUAGUAGCUAAAGUUCCAUGAUAAUGGCUGCAAGAGUUCAAUAAACCUCAACGAGGCCAAGUGAACAUCCUGGAAAUAAAGCACUCUAAAAGUAGUUUUCUUCAUCCUAUUCCAGUUUGUACUUCCUUGUGUUGUGUUAUGCAGUAAUAAAACAAGAAAAAUAACAAAACUAACUAUUUUUAUA